UUGAGGCAGGUUGAUUAUUGGGAGCCACGGGCUGGGAUAGACAAUGAUGAGGCGGUGAAGGGCGGCUCAUCAAAGUGUAAUUCGCCCGUAUCCUGUCGAGAGAUUUAAACAUUUUACGACUUCACGUGCAAAAAUGACGACGACCACGAACUACCAAGGGAUGGAGCCCGGGUCUAAAAGCAGUUCAAGGGUUUUGCGCCCUCCUGGCGGCGCCUCCAACUUCACGCUUGGUGCAGACGAGGACAAGCCUCCCGUCCGGAAAAACAAGAUGGCCUCCAGUGUUUUCGCUGAGCCGGAGGACCUGUAUGCUAAUAGAAGGAACAAUCCACCAGGUGGGAAGCCCACAGGUGUGCUUUGCGGCGAGCCGUCAGCCCCCCUGAGGAGAGGAGGGAACCAGGCCGCCGACCAGUCCGCAGACGCCCCCGCCGCGGAUGGAGAAAAUGCUGUACGCGAUUAUGAAAACAGUGCUCCUGAGCCGGUAGCCGUUCCAGAGCAGAAGGAGGAGGCCCCUCCAGCCGACCAUCUCGCUGCAGGAGUACCGUCCGGUCGCAGGAACCCCCCUGGGGGCAAGUCCAGCCUCAUCCUGGGAUGA